UCUCACAUGGGCACACCGCACACGCAACAACAGUAGUGGGACAGGGACACAAUGAACAAGCGUGGAGUCAUCCCGAAUCACAGACACGUGGCGACUUGCAGAGGCGGCUUACGCCUGGCUGAAAUCAACCGGAUGAUUAGAAACGUUUUCCAUAUAAUAUUCUGUUACUAGUAACAAAAUAGCUUUAUCCUAUUCUGCUAACACAUGCUGCUAACAACCUAAUCUUAUUCUGCUAACAUCUCGAGACCUAUCCGCUACAAAACAUAACCGCACGAAGGAACCGAACGAAUUGCACAACAAAGCAAAAAAAACCACCCCACCUUAUCCUCACCUCAGCCACCCACUCCUCUCUCUCACCCCAUGCUCCACCACCGCACCACCUCCCCCACACCGCCGCACCAACUCCGCCGACCAUUGCGCUACCUUCCCCAGGCCAGGGCGCCACGCAACCGAGCCCCCCCACCACCACCUCGCGCGGCACCGCACCACCUACCUUUCCCCGUGCCGCCGCACCAACUCCCUCCACGGCGCCACCCCACCACCUCGCGCUCUUCCACAACCCAUAGCCAUGGUGCGCCCCCUUCCUCCCUAUUGCUCCUUCUCGAGGAGUCCACUUCGGGCACGGAUCCGGCCAACCCCAUCCAGGCUACCUACAGUGGCGGCGUCAGGAAAUGAAGCCUGGUUUCAAGAUGAAGAUAUUUUUUUCGUCGAUGCCGGCAACAGUAUUGUGUGCAUAUAUCAGAACGGACGAAGCAACCUAUUGAUCAGAUGUCGGAUCUCCCAGAUUAUCUAAUACCAAGACUAAAGAUGCGAUUCCAAGAUGUAGAGAAAGGAAGGGAAUUUUAUAACAGAUACGCCAGACACGCUGGUUUUGGAAUUAGGAAGACGGGAGGGAAUGACAAUCACAAGUAUUUUGUUUGCGUGUUCCAAGGGAAACACACAACUUCUGUUUCAGAGGCUGACAAGCAGCGAAACAAAACAUCGCAGAGGACAGGCUGCAAUGCAAGAAUGAGGGUGAAGAUGCAGGAGGAUAACACAUGCGUGGCAGUGGACAUUGAGUAUAAUCAUAAUCACCAACUCAUGCAAACUGAUGACAUGCUGGUAUUCUUGCACUCACAUAAGAAUUAUGACCCCACUAUUUUGGAGUACGUAAACCUUCUGCGGUACCACGAUGUCAAGCACACAACAAUCAUGUCCAUGCUAUCUGAAAAUGAAGAUGGAAGCUACUUCCUAAGCAUGACUGGACGAGACCUACUAAACCAGAAAGCCAAUAAUGCAAGGAAAGAUGAUUUGGAUGUUGUAUUGAAACUUGUAUCAUUCUUCGAAGACAUGAAGGCAAUCAAUAAUGAGUUUCUCUAUGACAUACAAGUAGACAAGGACAAGUCAAUUAAAAGCAUUUUCUGGUCGAAUGCAAGCUGUCGAGGAGCGUAUCAAGACUUUGGCGAUUGCGUAACAUUCGACAAAACUUACAAGACCAACAGAUUUCAUAUGCCUUUGGGAGUGUUUGUUGGAACAAACCAUCACUUGCAGUCAACAAUAUUUGUUGUUGCCCUGAUCAGAGACGAAGAUGCAAAGUCAUUCAAGUGGCUGUUCGAUACAUUUGUACGGUGCAUGAACAACAAGCACCCAACUUGCAUUCUAGCAGGCGAGUUAAAAAAAACUCUACAUGUUUCAUCAUCUUUCCAGUCUAUGGGUCUGUAUUGGGCAUAUUUGGUUUUAACUGAAAAUAAUGUAAAGCAAGCUGUUCAACCACUGUUAGUAUAG